UUGGCAAACCCCUACGACCCCUGUCGGUUCUAGGGUGAUUGGCCGCGGGGACCUUCUCCAAUCCUGAAGCGCUCGCCCCAGCUUCUCCCCCGCCGUCCUCCUAGCGCCCCGUCGAUCUCAGCGGGCAAAAGUGAGUGGGCCGCUUCUUGUUGACUCUCCAAGGUCGAAUUCGUCCUUUCACCCACGUUCUGAUUCACUCGACAAGCAUCUUCACUCCUUCUGUUUGUACGGUUUUCUUUAAAUCAAUACCUUACAGCUGCUUCACUGCCUCUGCGCCGACCAGGAGUAAUUGCAUCGUCUGCAGCAGCCCCCUCGAGUUUUUGGCGCGCCGCCGGCCUGCUUCGCAUACCUUGCCAAGGUGCCAACCAACCCAGAGACCAAGCUGCCGACAACCGAAUCACCUCGUCGCAGCAUCAGGCCCGAUCUCGCUUCUGACUUCUCAGCAACGCCCACCAGCCUCCUGCGAUGGCGUCGGACACUGUCGCCCAGGCUGCCCCGCCUGCUGGCCUCCAAUUCACAGACCUGCCUCAGGAAUUGCAGAAGGAAAUCAUCAGUCAUUGCCAUCAACCAGAGCUUAUCUGCCUGUCUCUCGUCUCCAAACACUUCAGAGCCCUGGCUGCAGCCGAGCUGUACCGGAAUUUCCACAUUGUCUUUCCCGAUGAGGACGACCCCGCCUUCGAUUCGCCAAUAGACGGGCUGGCGGGCGGUCUGGAGACAUUCGUCACCAGCGAUUAUGACUAUGCGAAACACCUCAGAGACAUAUCGCUUGAUACUCUGAGUGCCGGCGACAAGGCUGAGACGGCGUACAAACCCUACCUGUACAGCGUCAGCUGCGGCAAGUUCCUGAACACUCUUCUCCUCCUGACCUUGCGCAAGGCAAGAGCCCUGGAGACUCUGAGAUGGAACAUUCGCGUCGAGCUCAGUCGGCCGGUAUACAAGGCGCUCCACAGUAUCGAUACCCUGUCGCAUCUUCACAUUCGUCUCCAGGCAGGCCCGUCAUUGUACGAGCACCCCCCGCCGUUACCUCUUUCGCCACCCGGUGCGACCCCGAACGCUUCCUCGCAUCAUCUUCCACUCCUUGAUGCACAGCCUCCACCGCCGACUUUUGCUGCGCUUCCGCCCCCACCUCCGCCGUUCUAUAUCCCUCCGCCUACCUCGUCGCUACCGCCUUUGCAGCCGCCGCCGAAGCCACCUGCUAGGAUCAAGCCGUUCAAGAAAUCCCCAUCGUCCAAGAACCCGCCGACUUUGUCAGGUUUCAAGGAAUUGAAGACCCUGUCCGUCCUGGACAUUGACGACCUGGACGUGGUUACCGAGCUCAAGACUUGCGUCAGAAACUCUCACGCAACCCUGUCCAAGCUGAAGCUGUCAUUCUCGCACAACAUGGCCAUGCGUGCGCGCAAACCGCCACCGGACAUCGACCCCGAUGAUUCGGAUCCCGACGAUGAGUUCCAGGUUGUCCCAGUGGUAGCACCACCCCCCGUCCCCCCGUACGACGAUCUUAGUGGACCUGCCAGGGCGUUCCGUGCCCAGGAGGAGCGAAAGACUCAAGAGUCGGUUUUGGGUCGAAUCUUUGACGUGGAGCCUUAUGUGGUUAAGAAGCCAACCAAGAAGCCGCGGGAUACGGAGAACGAGCCCGCGAGCGAGGGGAAGUCGACGGACCCUGGCCAUCGCUUCAUCACUUCUAUCAAGGCCGUGUCAGAGAGACUCAUGAACGAUCUAACCGGGUCUGGCGACUUCGGUGCGGUCCAGCAGGAGAUUCUUGACACGAUAGAGGCAGCGGCGAGAACCUAUGUCGAUGAAUCGAAAGGCAGGGCAGCCGCUCCCAAGGAGAACGGGGUUAAUGGAGAGUCGAGUGCCAGCGGAUCUGAAACCAAUGGCACGGCCGGGCCAGAUGCGUCAAAGGCUGAGGAUUCUCAAUCGGGCGAAAGCAGUUUAUUCGAGCCCAAGACGCCAAAAGGCAAGGAGCUUGAGCAAGACGCCGAUCCGGAUGACAUCAACAUUGAAGAGCCGGUGGAUGAUAGUUUUGUUGAGGAACCUUCGGAAAUCGCCACACCUGAGCCUGCUAACGGGACUGAAGUGGCCCCAACCAAGGAAUCCACUUCUAAUGGCAGUGGAACCAACAACGCCUCGGCAAAUGGUGAUACUCCUCUAGCUCUGGGCUCGAACGAUCCCAACACGACGGCCAGCCUAUCAGCCCAGAAGCAGAACUUUAAGACGCUGGCCGAAAAGCUAGAAACGUUCGAAGUUGAGGCUGGAGAACUACACAAGGAGAUCCAGGAGCUCCCUACUGCCCCAGGUCAUAAAUCGGAGAUCCGGAUGAAGGACGCUAGCUUGCGUAUGACCGAGCUCAGCACCAAUAUCAAAGACAUCCAGAGCGAGAUGGCCACCGUAGCAGCUGAGAUCGAAGACGCGGAAAAUCAGAAUCCUGCCGCAGCGCUGAGAGGUGGCCAUGGCGUUCCGAGCCGCAUUACUGAAUACGCACGGUCGACCAGAGGACUGAGCCUGCAGACGCUCGGUAUCUACCUUAUCCCCGUCAAGGCGUCGGUUCUAUCGAAAGCCGUAGACCUUCGCGUUCUGAGACGUAUCACGCUACUCAACGUCGGCAACCAGGCUCCCAUAUGGGCUUUGCUCGCCAAAGAGAACAAACAGCAACCGAUUGCGCUGCGCAAGAUCUUCACAGACAAUGUUUCUGUGCCGUUUUUGACGUUCGCCUCCCAGUUGGAGGAGCUCCACGAGCUGUUCAUGCUUGAGCGGCCGGACAAGUACAAACCUGAGCCGUUUGCGCCAAAGACAGCCAUCUCGAUGGAUCAAAUCAGACGCAUGGUGCUAAAGAGGCACAUGCCAACAUUGAAGCGACUCAUGGUCAAGAACCAGCAAGACUCGACGUGGGAUGUUGACGACAAGGCUAUGUUGCUCAUUUGCAGACGUGGCAAGAAACUCGAAGAGCUGGCCGUCAAUAUGGGGAUUCGUGCUAUCCACACGACUCUGCAGCAUAUAUCCGGCCUCGUGAGCCUGCGUGCCCUGCACAUUAUCAACCUUCGCAACGACGACACCUGCGUCUGGGUUAUGCGCGAAACGAAGCGGUUCGUUAUUGACACGCUGUCGCACUACCCGGAACUCAAGCUCGAGUGGCUCGCUAUUGACGACGGUGAGCGCGUUGAGCGCAUCUUGAGGUUGAAGGAGAUAUCAAAGGAGAUAGUGAAGGGCAAGUCGGCCAAGUCAAAGGGCAAAGAGAAGGCCGUCCCUUUGACGACUUUUCUUAACGGUGACCACUUCCCUGUCCUGACAACGGACAACCUCGACCUGGGUAGCGAGAGCGACGAGGAUGACGAGGAGGGGGUCACGACUCUGGACGGCAGGUCAAAACUCGAGACUAUCGACAACAUUCAUUUUUACGAUGUCUGGGGUGUACGGAUUUUCAAGAGGGAGGUCGUCACCGGGCGGCUGUAAAUUUUCGAAGAGGGGUUCGUGGGAAAUGGGCGGUUUCGGAGUAGGUGUGGGUAGCCACGCCUACACAUCACACGACGUGAUGGGAUAACAGGGAGACAUCCGUUGUGGUGGUGAGCCUCUCUUUUUCUUCUUCUUUUUUGGUACGCGCAGGAAAGGGCGAGACUGGGAGGUGAACACAAUUGUGAAUAGCCGGCGUCGGGCGCAUGACUUCUACCUGCUUUGCUUCUAUCCUUAUGCCCGCAAGUCUACUAUCUGACUUGUUGGCAGAUUUGCAUAUCCAGCAGAUGAUUUUGAGAGGGGAAUUCCAAGCGCGCACACGUAGGGCCAGAAUGAUGAUGCUUGGGCGGCGCACACAAGUGACACUGCGGGUGCAUGUUAGGUCCCGAGUCACUCUAGGCAGAGAUACUUAUAAAUGCGAUGCAUCACCAGCAAGGGUUUUUGACCUGUCUUAUGCCUCGCGAGACGAUAGUCCGAGCUGUGAUGCAGUGACUUGUGCUCACUUACUGGAAAUAAGAGAACUACCGGUGGAGAUUAUGGCACAGCUCCAGCCGGACAGAGAGUGAGUGUGAAGGAGAAGGAUUGCCUGCCCCUGGAGCUGACAUGUGCGUUCCAGCCACUAGACCUGCAGAGAAGGCAUGCAGAGACAGGGAGGCCAAGCAUGUGAGGGCAUGUCGGGGGCGUGGAACCAGGCUUGGCCCGGAGAUUUGAAUAUGCGCUUGCUCGACCGGAUCACUGCCUCCCAGGGAAACCGGAGCCGAGUAAGACUGCAAGUGCGGACAGGGUGAGAGCCCUGUCUAUGCCUGCCUUGCCUGCCUACAUACCAACGAAUGACCCCGGGCUACUACUACUACUACUACUACUACUACUACUACUACUACUACUACUACUACUACUACUACUACUACCAUUAUUAUUACCCAUAUUACUCUACUACUCCUCCCCGCCGUUCCACCAGAGGCUCACCGAGAAGCUGACGCUGAGGCCCCUGACGUAGUGCCACCACCCGAUGGGGAUGUAGAGAGUGUCCCCAGGCUCGAGGAUGCAGUCGACAAAGGGCACAGCGCGGAACCGCUGCUGCUGCUGGCGAGCCCUGGCGGCCGCCUCCCCCUCGUCGUCACCCUCACCAGCAGCAGGCCCCUGCCCGUUGACGAAACCCCCGCCCCCGCCCCCGUCGCGGUCCCUGUCCCCUGCGAUGCCACCGCCGGCGGGGGAGGCCGCCGAGGCGUCGACGCCCAUGCCAGGGUCGAUAUCCCAGCCCUCGAGGACGCCCACGUCCCAGGCGCUCGUGUUGCCCAUGUCGACGCCGCCCUCGCGGUCCCGCGCGCACAUCACACCGGCGGCGUCGGCAGGCGAGUACAGGCGCACGUAUUUCCUCCCGACGACCUGGGCCAGCAGGUUGUGGUAGGGGUCGGUGUGGAGGGGCGUGAUGGUGCCUGGGGGCCCGAGCCAGGCGUUGAGGAGCGGGGCGUCGAGCUCUGGUUGGUCUUGGGCGGGGUCGGUCGGGUGGCGGGGCGCGGCCGUGUAGCAGUGGUCCGGGACGAGGACGUCGUUGCGCAGCUGCGGGAGCUGGAGGAAGAGCUGGUGCUGUGCUAGGUAGGCUACUGUGUUUCUUGGCUGUUGUGACGGUUGUGGUGGUGGUUGUGGUGGUUGUGGUGGUGGUUCGGCUGCUGCUGCUGCUGCCUUUGCCGGGCGGCUUGCGAUAUUGGAUGGAUAGGAGGGGGGAGCGGGAGGCGCGGGAGGAUGAUGGACCGGAUCUGAUCUAUCACCUGCCUGCGGCGUGCGUUGCUGUUCGUGGACCGGGCCUGUUGGUACCAGGGCUGCUGGUGGUGGCUGGCACUGAGGAGGAGCCACUGAGGUCGGGUCGAUAUGAUCCCUCAGAAACUCCCCAAAGGUCACUAUCUUCUGGCCCCAGCCCUCGUCCACGUAGCUCCUGCCGAUCUCCACGGGGACCAGCCUCCGCCCGCCAAAGGUGCGCGACAGCAGGUAAUCUGGAUUAUCCCAUGGCCGAGCACCCCUGGCUGGCCAGCCUUCCAACAGGCCCGUCAGGAUCAGCGGCUCGGGACCUCGAUGCGGGUCUGCACGGUCGAGGUACUGCUGGAAUGAUGCCAUGUCCAUCACAUCUGCAGAGACGCGGCGUAUGGGAUUCUUGACCGGUGGUGUAAAAGGCUCAAGCGUGGAGAAGGAAGCCAAUGCUCGCCCCGGCGCCGCUGUGCCAGUCGACGGGUCGAGCUUUGACCUCUUCGCCGGCGGUGGCGUGAUAUCGUCAGAGGCCGUCAUGGCGCGCAAGCCAUUACCGGCGCUGUUGGCAUCGCAGAUACUCUCCAAGAGGUCGAAGGCUGUGUCGAUCCAUUUCCUGCCACGCGCAACACCACCGGCGCCGGCUAGUAUCAGUGCCAAGUCCAAGGUCCUGACCAUCUCCUGUAUUGAUUGCUCGGCUGCGUCUCUCGCAGCCUGCCUUGACGGCGCAGUCACAUCAGCCCCGCCCCCGGUCGGUUCCCGUAAUUGUUGGGACGGGGACAGGAACAGGUAGCCGAACCUGAGUAUGCUGGCGUCCGUAUACAGCUGCCUCCAGCUGAGAGGGAGGUCUUUGUACAGGUAUGCAUAGAACUUGGAAUAUGCAAUCGAUAUGAUGUCGUCGAGCCGCUUCAGCACGAGACCGUCGUCAAGGCCUCCGCGUAACUGCCGCAUGCCUUGUGCUGACGGGCGCGUGGGAGCAUUAGGCCGCCCGUCAUGCUGCCCGGCAGACCCGUCCGGGCCGACGGCUACAGGCGACGAGGGAGAAGGGGAUAGAGGCAUGGCAGCCUCGUAUAGAGCAGCUAGUCGUGACGCCUGCCGUGACAGCAGAUGCACCAGCGGCUCACCACAGUCGGCCAGGCCGAGCCCAGCAGCGGUCAUGACAUGGUCGCGAUCGUCUCGUGCGGGCCCGUGGCCCAUACCACCCACCAGUACCUCCUCGCCGGCAGCAGCAGGGGAUCCACCAUCCUCCCUCCUCUCCCCUUGCCGGCUGCUGUUGCCCUCGGCGGCCAGUGCUGCUGCUGUUCCCAUCCGGAGGAUGUGGUCGCACUCCUCGCUGAUGCUCGCGGCCGCAGAGGCACAGAGGGCGCGCAACCUCACAGCUGCAUGUGCGCCUGCAUGUGCAUGUGCGCCUGCCAUGGCCACGUCGUCCCCUCCCCUCGGGCUCGCAGUGCGGAGACGUGUGUUUGUGUGCAAGUAAGUGCGUGUGUGACGGGGGUAAGAGGCGGGACCGAUAUCUGCCGAGGGGCCUGGGUGUUGUUACGUGACGGCUUACUGCAGGACUUGUUCCACAAUUUUGCUGUGGCCUGCAUCACAACCUUGAGAGCUGCCGUGUCGGGUCAUGGAUAAAAGGGGGGGUAGGCGGGGGCGGUGUGGGUGUGAAUGUGGAUGUUUGGGGAGACUGUGCCGUGCCCGUCGUCAAUGUCAAGUAUCUGUACAGACAGUACUGUUGCUUGUCCCGGGCUGCUGCCGUGGGGCCCAGCUUGCUUGCUUGCUCUCUUGUGGGUGUCGAGCUGAAAAAAAGUGGUGUGUCUCAGAAAUGCAAUGCGGCUUCUUCCCCGGUCGAGCCCAAUCGAGCCCGGUCGGGUGUUGGCUGCACGAUUCGCAAAUGCACUCACUCAAUGGGACCCGAAGGAAGGGAAGGUACUUUGUGGUCGAACAUGUCG